CAUUUAUUCAUUUAUACAUUAAUAUCUUAUUACCUAUUUAAAAUUAAUUAAAUUUGAAACGGAAAAUAUUAAAUGAUGAAUAUUCAAUUUAUAAUAUUACUGUUUGCAUAUUGCAUUAUAUCAACUUUUUGUGUCCCGAUUAUAUUUAAUGAUGGACUAUCAAAAACUGAAGAUUCUCCAAAAGAACACGAUGACAUACCAAAUAAUAAUGAAAAUUCUCCAAAAGAACAUGAUGACAUAUUAAAUAAUAAUGAAAAUUCUCCAAAAGAACAUGAUGACAUAUUAAAUAAUAAUGAAAAUACUCCAAAAGAACACUAUGAAAUGCCAAAUAAUAAUGAAGAUACUCCUAAAGAACAAGUUGAAAUGCCGGAAAACCAUAAUUUAAGUGUCAUUCAAAUUGUUUGGAAUCGAGUAAAAUCAAUAUUAUUAUUAGCAGAUUCAUAUAAUGAUAAUAAGAUUGCUUUUAAAGACAUGGUUGAAGUAUGUCGAAAAGAAUAUGGGAAAGAUAUUAGUGAUGACUAUGAGGACAUGAAAGAUACAGAAAUCACAAUGGAUUUUGCAAUGACAUUAUUUUAUGAUGGAUAUGGUGAACAUUUAAAAAAAUUAACUAUAGAUUUGGGAAGAUUAGCAAAUAAGGAUGGAUAUAUUCCUACAUUAUUUGUACGAAUUUUGUUUUAUCAUUAUAAAUUAGAUUCCCAUAUAUUAAACGAAAUUUUACAAAGUUUGGAUACAAAAGAUAAUUUAGUAGAAGAAAAUGAUGAAAUAUCAAUAAAUUUUGCAAGAAAAUUAUUGUUUGAAGAUUAUGGGGAUCAAGUUAAGCAAACAGCUGACUUUGUGAAAUUUUCAUCAAUAAAAGAUCAUAUUUCUGCGGUAGAACUAAGUACACUACUUCUAUUAUGUAACUUCGGUGACAAAAUGCAGAACGAGCUUCUUGGUAUAAUGGCAAAAGUAAACGAUGAAUAUAUUAAACAUGAAGAUUUGGUUAAACAUUUAAUGUGAUGUGCAUUACUGUAUUUCAAUGUAAAGAUCUAUUAAUUGACUACUAAUGGAGUAUUUGCUGUUUUAAUUAUUAUUGUUUAAUAAAUUUCUUGUGACUACACAACAUAACAAAUA